AUGAUCAAGGCUCCGACUUCGCCGCUGUCCGUGUCGGCGCGGCCUUGCUGGACGAGCCGCGGGGCACGGAAAACCGUCUCCGUGGCCCGCCGAGGGUGCACAGCACGCAGCUCCCUGGUCAACACGGCACGCGACGUGCGCCGCGCUCGCGGAGGUGGCCGCCUGAUUGCAGCCGUCAGCCCGCCCGGGACGGAAAUGCAGACGGAGAUGCGGACGGUGACCGUCGAUCUGAAGGACCGCAGCUAUCCGAUUUACAUCGGCACCGACCUGAUCGACCAGCCAGAGCUGCUGGCGCGCCACAUCCGAGGAAAGAGCUGCCUGGUCAUCACCAACACCACGCUGGCCCCCAUGUAUCUAAACCGCGUUGUCGAGGGCCUGCGGGGCAUCGAGGGCAUGCGCGUGGAGGAGGUCGUGCUGCCCGACGGCGAGGAGUUCAAGUCGGUGGAGGUGCUCGGGAAGAUUUGGGACAAGGCCAUCGAGACGCGCCUGGACCGCAAGACGACCUUCAUCGCGCUCGGCGGGGGCGUCAUCGGCGACAUGACGGGCUUCGCGGCCGCGGCCUACCUGCGCGGCGUGGACUUCAUCCAGAUUCCCACGACGGUGAUGGCGAUGGUGGACUCGUCGGUGGGCGGCAAGACGGGCGUGAACCACCCGCUGGGGAAGAACAUGAUCGGGGCGUUCCACCAGCCGCAGUGCGUGCUGGCGGACAUGACGACGCUGCAGACGCUCCCGGACCGCGAGCUGGCGUCGGGCAUCGCGGAGGUGGUCAAGUACGGCCUGAUCCGCGACGCGGAGUUCUUCGAGUGGCUGGAGAGCAACAUGGAGCGGCUGCUCGCGCGGGACGCGGACGCGUUCGCGCACACGAUCGAGCGCAGCUGCGUCAACAAGGCGGAGGUCGUCGCGGCCGACGAGCGGGAGGGCGGCGUGCGCGCGACCCUGAACCUAGGCCACACGUUUGGGCACGCCAUCGAGAACCACCAGGGCUACGGGGCCUGGCUGCACGGCGAGGCCGUCUCCGCAGGCAUGGUGAUGGCGUCCUGGAUGUCCUGGAACCUCGGCUGGAUCGAGGAGGAUCUGUACCAGCGCACGCUGGCUCUGCUCAAGAGGGCGAAGACGCCGACGGAGUCUCCGUCGGACAUGAAGCCGGAGGACUUCAUGCGCAUCAUGGCGGUGGACAAGAAGGUCGUCGACGGCAACCUGCGGCUCAUCCUGCUCAAGGGUCCGCUCGGAAACUGCGUCGUCACGGGCGACUUCGACCCCGCAGUCCUCCAGAAGACUCUGGAGCACUUCUGUAAGUAG